AUGGUUGACGGCGAAUCCAAUGAUCUAUAUCUAGAGCUGGCCCCGUUCGGUCUAGAGCAUAUUUAUGACUAUAAGCCUGGCGGCCACCAUCCCGUUCACUUGGGGGAUGUAUAUGGCAAUAACAGGCGGUACCGUGUCAUCCACAAGCUUGACGGCGGCGGCUUUGCUACUGUUUGGCUCUGUCGGGAUACCGAGGCGAAAGAGGCAACGAAAUAUAUGGCUUUAAAAAUUCUGAUGGCCGAGACAUCCAGUGACAACUGUCUUGAGCUCCGGGUGAACCAGCUCAAAGAUACUCACAGCCAACGUGAAAAUGAAGGCAAUAUCGCGGAGUUCAUUUGCUUCCCACUGGACCACUUGAAGAUCCAUGGGCCGAAUGGGGACAAUAUCUCCUUUGUGUAUCCUGUUCUUAGCCCAAAUGUGUCUCUCGGCUUGUUUCGUGCUUCUACAGAUCCGGACAAUGACUUGAGAAGUCUUGGUCUGCAAGUUGCGAAGGCUGUCAAAUUUCCUCACAGCCAGGGAAUAUGUCAUGCCGGGAGUAGAACCAGUUCCAACCACUUCUUCCUCUGUUGGAAAGCAGUGAAUGCUAACAAAAGAUUAGAUAUUACGCCAAACAAUGUCCUUCAUCGCAUCACUGGGCUCGACGGACUCAAUGAAGACGAAUUCUUAAAAUAUUAG